CCUGCAUAAAUUGUGAUGCUGAUUGCAAGCAAUUUACUUGCCGGCUGCAACAACAGGGUCAAGAUUACAACGAUCACUACGCAGUUCAUAUACCUACGUAUGAUGUUCCAGUUACGAAUCUCCGCCGUUGCUCUGUCAGUCUGUCAGUCAGAAGCUGCCAUGACGCGCGUGGAGACGCGGUUCCCAACACAAACACUAUCAGUCAAUUCGCGAACAAAAAGUGCUAAUUUCUGUCGAUUCCUGUCUGUUAUAGCGUUUGCUACGUUUGUAGCUGUAGCAUACUUCCUAAUUAAAAGACCUUUUGACUCUCUAGGCGAUCCUUCUGAUCAGUAUACUGUUAAGAAUAUUCCCAAAAUCUACACGAAGUUAGAAGGGGUUGAUCCCGAAGAAAGGGACGUGUUCCAAGGGUUCCGCACGUCGUUCCUGCCGCCUGAAGAGAUAGUGCUUGCUCGUUCUAAUGCAAAAUCAAAACGAGAAGUGUACGAGGGUAAUGUGACCAGUGAUAUUUUGAUAUGGGGCUCCUCGGACAAGCAGCAUGGGACACCGACCAGGGUGAAGCGAAUGAGUCAUUUCACGUUUACUUCACAAGAUUAUGACCAAGAAAGACAUUUGAAGAAUAAAGAAGAAGUCGGAGAAGCCGACGACGAAGGAAAUGAGAGUGAGAGUGAGGUCGACGAAGAGUACGACUCCAGCGACCAGUACGAUGAGGACGAUAGAAUUGAUAGCAUAGUCCGUCCGGGGAUGCACGUGGACCGAGGUCCACUCGACGACGUGGUGGAACAAAUCCGCGGCCAACCAGAACUGGAGGAAGGCGAGAUGAUCUCCUCAGCACACAUUUACAAACCUUCCCAGUCUUAUGCAGGUAUUCAUGCUUUCUGGAAAGGUCAAGGCGAUAGAAACCAAAUCAGAAAUACACAAGCCAAGAUAAUGAAACAAUACAUGGACGCGGAAGCCGACCCGUGUCACGACUUCUACCAGUACGCAUGCGGUAACUGGGCUGCACUCAAUCCUAUACCAGCGGACAAAGCAGGGUACGAUACAUUUGAAAUGCUCAGAGAAAACUUAGAUACUGUUCUAAAAGAUUUAUUGGAAUUCAAAAGUAAAGACAAAAUACCUUGCAAGUAUCCAGGAUCUCAUUUAGAUCUAGAUGAUAACUUUUUGCUUACUUUGAACCCUAUACACAAAAGAUCUAAAUCGCAUUUUUACUCCCACUCCGAAGAUUUGGAUGUAGUGGAGUCACCUUCCAAAGACUUCUUUAACAACACACAUCAUUCCGCCUAUACUAGCGAUAAGGAAAAAGAAGAAAUUGUGAACCGAAUUCGAAGAUAUUUAGAUAAAAAGUCCAAAGAAGUAAUGAAACCAAUAUCAAAAUUCAAGAGUAAAUUUAGAAAGUACAUGUCUCAGAAUCAUAAAAGAGAACGAGUGAAAAGAGCAACAAACAAUUCUGAGGAUGAUCAUAAAGUGUUUAGAAGGAAGUUUGUAAUUAAAUCCAAAGCAAUACGAUAUGGGAGAAAGUUGAUGUCGUAUAGAAGUAGAUUUAAAAUCCGAAAAGAAAGAGAGACCACAGUGAUUAAAGAAUGGAGCACAACAAAAACGAAAACCGCAAAAGUAGAAUAUGAAGUUGAAUCUUAUACAUAUCCCACAAAGCCGAAAGUUGAGUCGGUUACCGUGCACUCGUCUAAAACAAUAGGUAAAGUGGAAGCACAAACUCUUCUCCCAACAACAAAAGCACGGCCUAAUGAUGAACCAGCGCAUGGUGAUGCUGCGAUGAAAGCGAGGUUCCUCUUCAAAUCUUGCAUGAACUAUGAAAUCUUACAAAAACGUGGUCAUCAGCCUCUGCUAGAUCUAUUAGACCUCCUUGGAGGAUGGCCGAUCCUGAAGAAUGAAUGGAAUUCCAGUCGUUUCGAUUGGCUAGAACUAAUGGCGAAACUUAGACUAUACAAUAAUGAUAUUCUAAUAUCGGAAUGGGUUGGACCCGAUAUCAAAAACUCCGAUGAAUUUGUGAUACAGUUUGAUCAAACGAGCCUAGGACUACCAACACGAGAUUAUUUCCUCCAAGAUUCAAAUCAAAUAUAUUUGGAUGCUUACAAGAAUUAUCUGGUUAAAAUUGCUAUACUGCUCGGAGGUGAUCCAGAUCAUGUGAAAAUGAGUGCAGAUCAAUUAAUUGAAUUCGAAAUAAAACUAGCAAAGAUUACAUCAGCUCCAGAAGACAGGCGAAAUGUAUCAGAGCUGUACCGUAGAAUGCCACUGAAAAAACUGGAGGAACUGGUUCCUCAAGUGAAGUGGAGACGAUACUUGUGUGUGGUGAUGAAUAGGACCGUAGACCCCAAUGAAACUGUUGUGCUGUUUGCUCUGUGUUACGUCAGGCAUUUAGUUAAAUUGAUAAAAGAGACUGAACCCAGCACGUUGGCAAAUUACCUGCUCUGGAGGUUCGUGAGACACAGGGUCAACAACCUCGACGACAGAUUUCAGUCUGCCAAGCAACAAUUCUACUUCAUAUUAUUCGGACGUGAACAAGCACCACCAAGAUGGAAGAACUGUGUAUCACAGGUCAAUUCCAACAUGGGAAUGGCACUAGGCUCCAUGUUUGUUCGUAAAUACUUCGACGAAAUGAGCAAGAACGAUACUUUGUACAUGACAAGAGAGAUACAGCAGUCUUUCCGAGAACUGCUCCAUAUGACAGAUUGGAUUGACGAUAAGACGAAGAAAUUGGCUGCACAUAAAGUAGAUGCUAUGAUGCUCAGAAUAGGGUACCCAGACUUUAUACUGAACAAGAAGGAAUUGGAUGAUAGGUACAAGGAGGUCAAAAUACACCCGGACAAAUAUUUCGAAAAUAUUUUAAAUAUUCUCCAGCAUUUGACGAAAAUGGAACAAGCUCGUAUUGGCCAACCAGUGAACAAAACGCUAUGGAACACUGCCCCAGCUGUCGUCAACGCCUAUUACAGCCGAAACAAGAACCAAAUCAUGUUCCCGGCGGGAAUCCUGCAACCACCGUUUUACCAUCGACAUUUCCCGAGGUCACUGAACUAUGGCGGGAUUGGUGUUGUUAUAGGCCACGAGAUAACUCACGGGUUCGACGACAAGGGUCGCCUGUUCGACUGUGACGGUAACCUCCACCGCUGGUGGUCAGACUCGGCCAUCGAGGCCUUCCACCGUCGUGCGCAGUGCCUCAUAGACCAGUACGGGCGCUAUGUAGUGCCUGAAGUUAAUAUGAAGCUCGAUGGAGUUAACACACAGGGUGAAAAUAUAGCAGACAACGGUGGCGUGAAGCAAGCGUUCCGUGCAUACCUCCACUGGGUGCAGCGGCACGGAGUCAAGGGCGAGACACUGCCCGGCCUCAACCACACGCACACGCAGCUGUUCUUCCUCAACUUUGCUCAGGUAUGGUGUGGUGCAAUGCGUCCAGAAGCAAUGCGCAACAAGCUGAAGACAGCGGUGCAUUCUCCGGGCCGGUUUCGAGUCAUCGGCACUCUAUCCAACUCACACGACUUUGCAAGGGAGUUCCAGUGCCCUCCCGGCUCACCUAUGAACCCAAAACACAAAUGUACUGUUUGGUGAAAGGAUAAGAUAGAGUCGAUUCUGAAUCGCUCUUUUAAAGUAAGGUUCAUCAUCGUUUAUCAUCGUAAGUAAGGUUUUGUGCAACAUCACACGGCUUAAUUAAAUGUGUUGGAAUAAUUUAAUCACCCGUUGACCUGAUCCGCUUUCGGAUAAAUAUUUGCGCGAUCAUUGUAAUCAAUAAAUUAUAAUUUAUGCAAGCAAUCGUAGCUUAUCGAUUCGUGAUUUGCAAAAAAUACGUUAAAUAAUGAAAGACUAACAUUGUGCUACGCUUCGUAGCAGAUGUGCUACGAAAUUUGGCUACGGGGCUACGACGGCAAAUUUGGCUAAAACAUCAUAAUAAUUGUUAUACUUUUAUGAAUUUACUAUCAACUUGGAUUAUUAAUCGUGUUUUAUCUUUAUCUUAAUAUAUAUUUCUGUUUUAGAUAAAGUAUUUUGCUGAGUGUUAAACGAAACGUACUAGAAAUCAUUGUGUAAUUUUUACUUGCAAUUCAUUCAUUGAUAUAUUUUUGUUUAUCAUCUUUAUGAAUGAAAAGUCACCUGAAGAUUCAUUUCUUAUCAAAAUUGGGGAAACCUUACACGACUUUGUGUUUGUUUAGGUACUAUUAACAUUAGGUAGGUAUAUAAGAUUUAUUUAGAAUGUUUUUCACUUAUAAAUGUUACCAUAUUUUUCGAGUUUACUAUGAACCUGUAACAUUAAUGAAUUCACGUUUAAAGGUAAGAAAAUAAAACCUCAAAACUCUCAUGAAAAAUACGAAAUAUUGUGAGGAAAUUGGAUUUUUCUUAGUUCAGUACAAAAAAUACAUUUGUAACUAGCAUUAUACUCGUAGUACCAAAGUCGAUUGUGAUAAUAUUUUUAGCAAUUUGUAUUUUGUUACAGCAGUUUAGUAUUAUUAGUAGUUGUAUAUUUUAUACUUAGGAUUUACUUCAGUCUUUAUAUUUAAGCAUUUUUAUAAGAAUAGGAUUUUUGGUACCCAAUAAAUUAAUUAAUAUGUA